AUGGACAACCAGACAGCAGCAGUCCUCCUCCUUCUUUUCAUCUUCCUCUACUGGCGACGCGAGUCCCUCCCCUUCAUCGGGGGCGGCGACGCCAAGUCUUCCUCCACGGCUGCCGGCAGCGCGACCAAGUCGCACAAGCCCAAGGUCCUCGACGACGACAACGAGGACGACUUUGUGGUCCAGAUGCGCGAGGGCAAGAAGCAGCUCGCCGUCUUCUUCGGAUCCCAGACCGGCACCGCCAACGAGUACGCUCUCCGCAUCGCCAAGGAGGCCAAGUCGAGAUUCGGCGUCACCUCCCUCGUCUGCGACCCUGAGGAGUACGAGGUCGCGACGCUCGACCGCGUCCCUAGCGACAAGGCCGUCAUCUUUGUCAUGGCCUUGUACGGCGACGGUGAGCCGACCGACAAUGCCGAGGAGAUGUGGAACUUCCUCUUUGACGACGACGUCACCUUCUCCAACGGCGGUCAGUCGCUCGACAACCUCAACUACGUCAUGUUCGGCCUCGGCAACACUACCUACGAGAAGUACCAGGGUGCCGCGCGCAAGCUUGACGCGCGCCUCGAGGAGCUUGGUGCCCGCCGCAUUGGCGAGCGCGGCGAGGCCGACGAGAUUGUUGGCACCGAGAUGGGCUACCUCGACUGGAAGGACGGCAUGUGGGCCGCCCUCGCCGACCGCCUCGAGCUCCAGGAGGGCGAGGCUGGCGACAUUGCCGACUUCGUUGUGACCGAGGUCCCCGACCACCCCGAUGAGAAGGUCUACCGCGGCGAGCUUUCGCCUCAGGCGCUCAAGGCCGCCCACGGUGGUGCCCCCUCUGGAUCCUACGACGCCAAGAACCCGUACGCCGCUCCCGUUGCCACAUCGCGCGAGCUCUUCGCCAUGGAGGGCGUCGACGGCGACCGCAACUGUGUCCACCUCGAGCUCGACAUCAGCGGCACCAACAUUUCGUAUCAGCACGGAGACCACGUUGCCAUCUGGCCUUCGAACCCUGACAUGGCCGUUGAGCGUUUCCUCUCCGUCCUUGGCCUCAACGACAAGCGCGACACCCCCAUUGAGAUCAAGGCGCUCGACCCUCAGCUUGCCGCCGUCCCCUUCCCCUGCCCUGCCACCUACGAGUCCAUCUUCCGCCACUACCUCGAGAUCUCUGCCAUUGCUUCCCGCCAGACGCUUGCCAUGCUUGCCAAGUAUGCUCCGACGCCCGAAGCUCGCGCCACCAUGGAGCGCUGGGGCAAUGACAAGGAGGCCUACCACCGCGAGAUUGAGGGUGCCCGCGUCCGUCUCGGCGAGGCUCUUCAGCUCGCUGCCGGCGACGACCCGCACGUCUCGACCACGGCCACCAAGUGGGACAUUCCCUUUGACCGCAUCAUUUCGCUGGUUCCCCGCCAGAAGCCCCGCUUCUACUCGAUCUCGUCCUCGUCCAAGCUCCACCCCGACACCAUUCACGUUACCGCCGUCAUUCUCCGCUACCAGACUCCGGACAGCAAGCUGCACGGCAACAACCCUCGCUGGAUCUACGGUGCCGGCACCAACUUCCUCCUCAACGUUCAGCAGGCGCGUCUCGGUGGCCUCGCGGGUGGUGUCACCCCCAUCCGUCUCGACGGCAUGCCCACGACCACCCCUACUUACCGCAUUGAGGGCCCUCGCGCUGUCCACGCCAAGGACAAUGUCUACCGCAUCCCCAUGCACACUCGCCGCUCGACCUUCCGUCUUCCUCAGCGCACCAAUGUCCCUGUCAUCAUGAUUGGCCCCGGCACUGGUGUUGCCCCCUUCCGUGGCUUUGUUCAGGAGCGCGUUGCGCAGGCCCGCCAGAGCCGCGAGAAGCGUGGCCCCGACGCUCUCAAGGACUGGGCUCCCAUGUGGCUCUUCUACGGCUGCCGCAACGACAGCGACUUCCUCUACAAGGAGGAGUGGCCCGAGUACGCCAAGGAGCUCGACGGCAAGUUCUCCAUGCACACUGCCCUCUCGCGCGGUCCGGACCGCAAGCCCGACGGAUCCAAGAUCUACGUCCAGGACCUCAUCUGGGACCAGCGCGAGGCCCUCGUCCGCGCCAUCACGCAGCAGGGUGCCUACAUCUACAUCUGCGGUGACGCCAAGAACAUGGCCAAGGCCGUCGAGCACACCUUUGCCAAGAUGCUCGCCGAGUACCGCGGUGGCAGCGCCGAGAUGGAGGGCGCCGAGGAGAUCAAGAACCUUAAGGACCGCAAACGCUUCCUCACUGACGUCUGGUCGUAA